GGCUGCAGUUACUUAGCUCAGGAGCAAACAGGCAGGGGGUGGGGAAGGAUGAAAUGAAAGAAAAAGCGAAUGGGUUCUGUUGCCUUCUUGACUGAAAAAGUGCUUUAAAGUGUUUUCUUUUUCCCCUCUCCCCUCUCCCCUCUAGUGUGAGUUUGUUUUUAGUUAGCUAAAAAGAAGAAACACUGACAAGGGGUUUUUCCCUUCUGUGCUAUUCUAGAAAGCUUCUGAAAAGAAGGGGCGAAAUGUCCUCCAGAAGCAGCCAUGGUAAACGCCACCAUCACCCAGUGGACAGCCUUUGCCGGAAGCUCCAGACGAUCAACAUGAUGGACCAGGCCUCCAACCCUGCGCUGCAGAUCCCCAAGUUCCAGUCUAAGAACUUUGACAGCCCACAGGGCAACGUAAAGAAAAACUUGGAAGAGAUCUUGAAGAAAAGGACUGUGAAAGUGAGUGAAAGCAAUGAGCUGGCCUACGACACCAACUUGCUAAGCCCAUUCAACAAUAAUGUCUUCUCCCCAGGCCCACAAACGACAACGCCCAGACACAGACGCAUCUCUGACAUCCGCUCCGAGUCCAUUUCAGUCAGUAGAAAUAAAGAGAGAGCCAACAAAUCAUGGCUUCUUAUAGGCCAAGCAGGGGGCUGUUCUCCAUGCCUUUUCAAAUAUGGGGAAUCUGCCGCCAGUCAGCUAUGUGGCACUUCCAGUACAGAGCAGAAGGCUGCACCUUCUCGGGAAUGGGACUACUUGACAUCAAGUCCAGACUUGUCUGCCUGGGAACUGAACACUGCACAGCCUGUUUUCCAGUCUCCUGUGAGCAAAAGUCUCUCUUUGGGAUGGAGACCGUCAACAGAGAACAAAGAUGAUGUAAGCUCUGAUGUAAGCUUGAUCUGUGAGGAAGACCUAUUGACUACAAUAUUCUCUGCCUGUGAUAUAGAAAGAAGAGGCAGAGUGGCUGUGUCCAAAUUGGUUGACUUCCUGAGACACACAACAAGCCGGAGUUCUGAAGACAGCAGUCUGGAAGAGCUGUGCAACAUGCUUGAUCCUGAUCAAAGGGACAUCUCCAUGGACUUGGAAACAUAUCAUGCCAUCAUGAAAGAAUGGAUUGAAGACUGCAGAAGAAGCUGGAAAGAACAGCCCUCUAGGGAGACGACCAGAGAAAGCAUGCUAGCAGGCAUAAGAACUCAUGUGAGACUGAAUGUUACCUCUGGAAGCCUGGAGGCACUUGGUGGAGAUGUGUCUAGGGGAGACUUAGAAACUUCCGACUUGAUCACUUGUGUGGCGGAUCUUCAGUUCAACAAUCAAAAGCUUCAAGAGGAGAACAGCCAGUUAAAGGUGGCUUUGGAUGCCAUGGAGGAGGCCAACAACAGACUAACGGAGGACAAUGUCGAGCUGCGCAAUCAGAUAAAAAGUUUCCAGCAGUCUGUGACUCAAGUCAAAACUUUGAAAGAGGAGCUGGAAGAAGCAAAGAAUAACCUUAAUACUGCUGAGGAAAGAAGGCUGAGGACGGCAGCCCAGAAUAAGCAGCUAGAAAAGGAGAAUCAGUCUCUCAUUCUUAAGAUCUCAUCUCUACAAGAGGAGAACAUUAGGAAUGCUCUGGAUUCAGAUGGUCUCCAGAAGAAGAUCAUGGAGUUGUCAAGAAACAUUGCUGAAUUCCAAAUGCAAGUGCACCUGUAUGAGAAAACAGUGGAGAAUAAAGACGCAUCCCUCCUUAAGAAGGACUUUGAUAUUCAGGAGAUGAAGUCUACACUUAAGGAAUACACUUCAGUAAUAGAGACACUGCGGGUGGAGAAAAAUAAACUGGUGAACAAUGUUCAGCAAAUGCAGCAGGAGUUGAUCUCGAACGGCUUAAGCCAUCCCUUAAUAUACAAGUUCAACACCAGCAUCCUUGAAGGGACCAACUCGCUGCUCAGUGAGCUGGAGCUAGCCCAAGAACAAUCAGCGAUCUCUGGAAUUGAAUGGGCUGCAUUGGAUGAAUUGCUGGACAGGGAGAUUUUGCUGCUCUUGCAAGGACCAGAGCAAAUGGGAGAAAAGUUUACGGCUACCAUUCAGAAACUGCAGGAAGAACUUUCUCAACAGGAGCAAUUAGUAAAGCUGUGUGUGCCGCAGGCAGAAGACUCCCAGGCAAACAUGCAAGAAGCCUAUGAGAAGAAGCUGGCGGAUCUCAGACAAGACAUGGUGAAUAAAAGAGCUCUUUGGAUUCAGAAGCUUGAUCUCUUGGUAGUUCAGAAGGAAACCUUGGACAAGGAGCUUGUAAGGAUGGCAGGAAAUUUGAGGAGAAUGAGAACUGAACAGCUCCACUUAAAGAAAGCGCUUUCAUCCAGGCAGCAUGAACUAGAGUUGGCCAAACAGCUGAAAGAAGAUUCUGUGUCAGAAGGAGACACCUUGAGAUUGGCACUUCAAGAGGUAACCAAACAACUAGAGGAUGCCAGCAAGGGGGCUAAAGAUCAGGACAAUGCCCUUUACGCAGCCUGCGAGGAAGCAAGAUCUUUGCAAAGGAAGCUAGAAGAGAGCAUCGCUGAACAAACAAACCUCCAGACUGUAAACAUAAACUUAACCCGCACUUGUCAGGUGCUGGAACUGAAAGCCAAAGAACAGAGCACUGCUUUUGACUCGCUCAAGGAGAAGCAUUUUAAAGGACUGUUGUGUGGAGUUCUCUGUCAGAUCUGUGUGAAUGAUGAUGAGAGUCCUUUGUCAAGCUCAAAUGUAAAUGAAGAGAUAAGAACAGAAGAGAAGAAAACCUGCUGCUAUAAAAGAUUCAGCUCUCAACAGAAUCUGCUUUUGGGCUCAUCCUGGUCACCCACCUUAAGACCCUGGUGCUUGCAAUAUACUUCACUACUAGAUGCAUUGGCCCUUGACUCUCUCCAGCUGAUCUGGAGGAGCUCUGUGCCCAGGGCCCCUGAAAAUACUAGAAUCCUGGCUACUUGUGAGGAACAGCAUCUGAGAAAUGGAUCCAUCUUGCAUGUGAUGCUGGAAGGACACAAGUGCAAUAGCCACGCUGUUGGUAGCCAGACAGAUGCAGAGCUUGUCUCAAGCGCAAGUAUGGAUGCUGAUUUUACCAAGCAGAGAGAUGCUGAGCCAUUGACAGAUGUCCCGUCUAGCAGUGAACAAACUGCACCCCAGAAGACUUCUUCCUUCACUUCAGAAUGCACUAACGGAUCCCAUGGCAUGGACUCUACACUACUGCAUAACGUAGAGGGGAAAGCCUCUCAGACUGCUCUGGUGCUGGAGGAAGAAACUGCUGGAAAGGAGGAAGUUAAAGAAGAAACUCUAAAUGACAUGACUGGAGACUCUUCUUCAUCUGAGGAUCUGUCCAGCACUGCUGUAUGUAGAGUGAGGCAGAGGGACAACAUAUCUCCCAGUGAGAAGGAAGUGGAGGCAGAAUUUCUUCGGCUGUCUCUGGGGUUCAAAUGUGAUUUCUUUACUUUGGAGAAGAGAGUGAGGCUGGAAGAAAGGUCCCGGGAUCUAGCAGAAGGAAACCUGAGGAAGGAGGUUGCCAGUGCCUUGAAACUACUUGAUUCUCUGGCCUCCCUGAGUGAAGAUAACCAGGCACAGGAGAUCGUUAAGAAGUUGCAGAAGAGCUUGGAGCUUCUGAACCAGUACGCCAUCAGGGUUGCCAGCAAGGCAGAAAUGCUGGGAGCUAUUCAUCAAGAGAGCCGGCUCAGUAAAGCGGUAGAAGUGAUGAUCCGCCACGUGGAAAACUUGAAGCGUACAUACGCGAGAGAGCACGCAGAGCUGGAGGAGCUGAAGCAGGCCCUUCUCCAGAAUGAAAGGUCCUUCGGUUCUCUGGGUGACCGAGAUGAAUCUUCAAUUAAAAAGCUCCCUGGUUCUCUUAAGCCUUCAUCCCUCCGCCGAGUUAGCAUUGCCACCUUGCCUAGGAAUACUGGAAAUGCUGUCACUGUUUUGCCGCUGGCUCAGUUAAAUGAAACUGAUGGAAGUGACAAGAAUGACAAAUUCAACAGACGCUCUAGUUGGGGCUUAGUAGGAGCAAAGCAAGGUGAGAAGUGCCCUUUGUUGCAGAGGUACGUUAGCUCGCCCUCCUGGACAGAGUCGGAGGAAGAACAGCCUGAGCCAAAAAACUCCCCUUUGGAGCCACCAGCUCCAGAGGCACGAGGAAGCAAAGCACGGAAGCUGAGCGAAAAGAAAAGCAACUCCUCAAAAUGGGGGCUGCACUCCCUGUGUACCAGAUUCUUCUCUUGGGCCUCUUCUCUUCGGGCUUCCAUCUGCCGGGCUAACAAGACUCUCUGCUUCUCUGUCGUUGUGGUCGUGUUCCUUGCUGUUCUUUUGACUUUCAUCCUCAGCUUGUCAUUCCAAAGGCCUGCAGAAGCAGCUCCAGUUGGGACUGGGGAUGCCUGGACAUCUGUGCAGCAGCUGCUGUGGCCGUACACGCGUCUCCAGCACCAAGGCCCCCCACCUGUAUAAUUCACUAGUGAGAGUUCAGUUAGGUUCCUUUUGGUCGUCAAACUGGGGAACCAGACUGAUGUACAGUUUUCAGUGGGCUAGUGCAAAGGGAUGGCUACUUCAAGCUUCUGAACUUCGACAUGAUCCAAGGUUCCAUAAGUAGAAGAAUGCAACUUCUGGAUAUAGCAUCUUAAUGUUUCUGGAGACUUUGCCAUUACAUGUUUCUGGUAAUGCAGUUCAAAGCAAAAUGGAAUCUGAUGCUUUCUGACAUAGCAAGUCUAUCUUCUGAAUGACUUUAAAAAAAAAUUUUUUCAUCCUUUUGAAACCAUAAGAUCUUGGGCAAAAUAUGUUUUAAGAAAUCUUUGGGAGUGAAUACAGCUUGUCCAUAAAUAGCUUAGAUAAGGUAUUUAUUAUUAUUAUUAUUUUGGAAAAAAUGUAUCUGAAAGGUGAACCUUCUUAUUUUAUUGACGGGAGUGUCUUCGACUCAAUAAAGUUCUUAAGUAGCACGUGA